GGUCUGAGUGAUGUUUGUGUGCUGGGAUUAGUUUUCGAUAUCAACCAUGAUGAAAGUGAUGGAUCUUCUGAUAGCUUUCUAACAGUCACUUUUAAUAGUGCCCUGAAAAUUGCCAAUAUAAAUGAUUUUUUGAUCCUUACAUUAAAAAAUGGUCAACGUUGGACGCCCACAGCGGUAGCUGUUUUAAUUUCCCUUACAUCGAAUAAUUUUAAAUUUUCAAGAAUGGCGCAAUUAACAACCGGUGUUAAUCCCAUACUGCAGGAUGAGGAUUUGAGUUGGCCAGAUACUAAAAUGGGGAGCAGAUGCGAUAUUUCAUACAAAUUUAAAAUUAUUGGUGAAAUAGCUGAAUGCGCUGUACGGCCAAGCAUUAGUGAACCAUACAGGGUGGUGAAUCUGAGCGAAGGCUAUGUAAAUUUUGAUGAAAUUUAUCAUUUCUAUCAUAUCAAAAGGAAGCCAAUCGCUGAAUCUCGACGAGAAAUUAUUGAAAAAUUCAUGGAUAAUUGCGAGAAGCUAUUGAAAGAGCUUGAAUUUGAACGAAAGAAAGAGACAAUGAAGUGGCCACUGUAUAUGUACACACUUACUUUGCUGGAGUUGAAGCCAGUGGAAAUGCACGAGGAAAUUUUGCAUAAUCUUGAGCUACUGGCAAAAGAAAUUGAUGCGCAACGCUGUGGAAUGUAUGAAGAUAUGGCCAGAAAUUUACAAAUCAACGAAAAAUUGCGACAGAAAUUUGGCAAUGGAUUGCUCAUUGAUACGCUUUUCAAAAAGACAGAUGACGGUCCUCCUGUUGGAGAACUGAAUUUGGAAAAUAUGGGAUUGAAAAGCAUUGAACACCUAAAAUAUUUGUCAUCUUUUAUCGUUCGAUUGAAUCUCAGUGGAAAUCGAUUCACCGACGUGCAGCAUUUCAAGUCAUUCCGACGUUUAACUCAUCUAGUACUGGACAGGAAUCCUUUAUCGAGGUUUUCUUUCUUUCAUAUAGGCAUUUUUUAUGGGAUUAUUACUUCCCUCCUUCUCCAUCUCCCCUUCACACUUCUCCCUCUCCAGCAGCUCGAGCAAAAUUGGUUCCUGUGCCGAGACUACGAUAAUUGUGAGAAGCACUUCUAUCUCAUCCUGAUUUUUCGAAGUCUCUGA